UUUAUACAUUGCCGUGACAUCCUCGGCGCUGAUAGGAGGUAGUGGUGCUGUCAUCAGCUGAACAUAAGACUAACGACUUCAGUGGAUCACAGUUGAUACGGCUUUGAUACACGAGUGUGGUAUCAUUAGAAACUGAAACCAGGAACAGCCAGCCCUUCACCUGGUGCCAUGGACUGCAGCAACGAAGAUGAAAACUGCAGGAAGCAUGUCACUGCUAUGUGGUUCAGGCAUGGCCUUCGUUUCCAUGACAACCCCACUUUAAUCAAAGCUCUGAAGACAACGAAGACAUUUUAUCCAGUCUUUAUAUUUGAUGGGAAAGUGGCUGGAACAUCCCUGAUUGCUUAUCCUCGGAUGACCUUCUUGCUGGAGUGUCUUCACGACCUUGACCAGACAUGUAAGAAGUAUGGCUCACGGCUGUAUAUCUUCCAUGGCGCACCUGUUGAAGUGUUCUCCCAAAUGAAAAAGGAAUGGGGAAUUACCCAGAUUGCGUUUGAACAGGACACUGAGCCUAUUUGGUUUGAACGAGACAAGAAGGUCAAAGAUUUCUGUGAGGAAAACCAGAUUGAAUUUGUUGAAGAGAUUGGCCAUACAUUAUGGGACCCACGAGAAGUGAUUGAGCUGAACAAGGGCAGUCCUCCGGUGACCUUUGGCCUGUUUAACCAGGUGACGUCAAUUCUGGGACCUCCUCCGAGACCAGUGGCAGACCCAGACUUCACUGGAAUCAACCUCCCUGUGGCUCCAGACCACAACAACCGAUUCUGUAUACCUACUGUGGAGCAGUUUGGUGUGAAGAAGGAGAACGAUGUCCUGGAAUGUCAGAAGCAGUACACUGGAGGGGAGACACAGGCCUUAAAGCUCCUGGCAGGAAGAAUCCCUGUGGAGGAGAAGGCUUUCAAAAUGGGGUUCGUCAUGCCAAACCAGGCCCGACCCAACAUUGUUGACCCACCUCUAAGCAUGAGUCCUCAUCUACGGUAUGGGUGCCUCUCGGUCCGUAAAUUCUACUGGGAGAUACGCGAUGCUCAUCUCAGAGUGUGUCCAGAAAAGCCGCUACCAGAAGGUGCAACAUCCCAGCUUAUCUGGCGGGAAUACUUCUACACCAUGUCUGUCAACAACAUCGCCUACAACACUAUGAAGGACAACCCUAUCUGUCUGAACAUACCAUGGAAGAAAGACCCAGAGGUUUUCAAUAAAUGGGAAAAGGGGAUGACUGGGUUUCCCUGGAUUGGCGCCUGUAUGGAGGCAGCUCGCGGUGAGGGAUGGAUCCACCAUGUGUGUCGCGCGCGCGUCGCCUGCUUCCUCACUCGAGGCGAUCUGUGGAUCAACUGGGAGGAGGGACUUGAGUCAACAUUUUUGACGUACCUCCUUGAUGCUGAUUGGUCAGUAUGUGCUGGAAACUGGAUGUGGGUAUCAAGCUCUGCCUUUGAGCGUAUUCUGCAGUGCUCAAAGUUUUGUCCAGUUAGUUCUGGCCGCAUUAUUGACCCAUCAGGAGAAUUCGUCAGGCGCUACAUCGAGUUGAAGGACAUGCCCCUUGUGUUUCUGACGACGCCAUGGAAGGCCCCUCUUGAAAUCAGGAGAAAGGCGAGAAAAAUAUCUCCGCUGUGCCCCAACUUGGCGAUGGAGGAAGUGAAGACAUUUGUCACAAGGUCCAAGAGCAUACCUUCUCUGUUUAAGGGCCCAGCUCCUCCUCCGAUGUCACCCCUCACUCCUGUGAAAGUGUGCCUGCAGCAGCUGGGAGCCACCACAACAGUGUGUCAGAGUGCCUACAGUAGCUGGGAGGGCCUACAACAGUCUGGCCGAGGUGCCCUGCUGUGGCUAGGGGCCUACAACAGUCUGUCGAAGUGCCUACAGUGGCUGAGGGGCUACAACAGUCUGUCAGGGGCCUACUGUAGCUGA